AUCCAUUCUAUGACUUGACUUUAACAUUCCUGGAAACUACAACCGAUCUAAUUGGAGGAUUUACCUCCUUGAAGGAGGAAAUUGGAAGGUUAUCUAUGUCCAAGAUGGCCACUGAAGACAUAGAACUUAAAGGAGAGGCAAGUAGCACAAGUACUGUGAGUCAAUCCUAGAAUUUCUAAUUUUAAUUCCCAAGAAAUAUACAGAACGGCAAAUGACAAGACUAGUUCAAUGGGAUUUCAAAUAGAAUAUGUAGAAUUAAGCAAAGGCUAUAUUUUCUGUUUACAGGAAGACAUGAAAACAGAAAACAGUCAACAAAGCUCAGAAGGAGAAAUUAUGAGCCAAUCUACACAAAAAUAUGCUGGGAAGCAGACUCGAGAUCCUCUUGCGCAAAAAGAACCCAAUGUUCAGAUUAACAUCUCUGAGCAUGGAACUGGAUUAAAUGAAAAUGGAAACAUUGAAAUUCCCAUAUCGGUUAAUGAAUGCAAUAGAUGUACAGUUGGUCUCUUUACGCCCAAUGAAAACAUUUCAGGAGAAUCAAUCUUUCAACAAGUAACAUAUUUGAUUUUACAGUUAUCAAAAUUGAUAUUCUUGAAUACAACUUUGUGGUGCAUGAAACCUAAGUAUUAAAACAAAAUCAAUUAGAAAGUUGUUUAGUUUUUUAAGUUUAUAGCAUGUGCUGAUUUUUCUUCCUCUCUGUGUUUACCAGGUGGUUAAUGAUAAUUGUGUAGACUCUUCAACCAGUUUAGAGCUCAUCAGAAACACGGACUCAGAGGUAUCUUUGGAAUCCCACCCCUCUUGUCUCUUGAUAGGAAGCCAAGCAUACGACAAGGUAAAAAACCCAAAUGAAGAUAUGCAGAUCAGAUGGAAAGCUUUUACAAGAAAUAAAAGGAACGAGACAAAAGGAACUGCUACUUAUAUCCGAAUUAUUCUAAAAAUUAGUGCAUAGUUUCCAUACAUUUCAAGUGUGUGCCAUUUUUUUUACCGUAUAAUAUUUUACCUUUUUGUCUGUUUAAAUAUGCAAAAGAUUAGUUAUAUAAAACAUACUUUUUAUAAACAAUCCUUUGUGCUAUAGUAACCAUCACAUUUCUAUCUCAAGUAAAAUUUUAAAAAAUAAUUGUGUAACUUGGGAAUGGUAUGUUAAUGAGCACUGUUUGUAUUGUGUUACUAGAAAAUAAUGAUGGUCCCUGGAAAAAACAUCACAUAUUUUUUGGUAUUUUUGUAUUUGUUCUUUGUCUACUUUAGGUGUCUUCUGAAAAUAAUGUGUGUGACGUACAUAAUAUUGCUUUAAACUCAGAAAAAACUAUGGAAGAGACUGAGCUCGAAAAUAAAACACAGCAAAUUGAGAUGAAGAGACUGUUUGAUGGUGGAACAGAUACAAUAAAGGCAAAAGAAGAAACAGUAGAACAAGCUACGCAGGACCAUAAAACAGUGAAGAUUUCGGGGAAUGAAGAGAACAGAGAUUUGGAAGAGAUGUGCAAAGAGAUAAGUGAAGCAAUAGAAACAGUAACUAAGAGGAAGAGACUUUAUUCUGAAGAAAGGGAGAGUGAGAAUAUUGGAAAAGGAAGUGAAAGUGGGAUCAACCCCUGGGCUUAUCAUGAAGAAGAGAAACAUGAGAGUGGAUUGGAUAUGGUAGUAAUUGAAGAGGAGGCAUCUUCAGAAGAAAUGGAAGAUAGCAGUGGAGAAGAUGAUAAACUGAGCAGUCCAUCUAGCACUCAGGAACAAAUAGAGUCACCUCCUGUGUGUGACUCUUGUGGAGUGGUGACAGAGACACAGGAACCAUCAAUGACCCAACAGGUAAUCACAUUUCGUUAUCAUUACUACCACUUGUUACAUGCUUCUGUGUGUUUAAUUGUUACUUGGAUUUUAACAAUAAAAAUAAAACUUUAAAGAAAAUUCUAAAUAAACAUUGGCAUAUCCUUAAACAAGACGACCUUUUAAAAGACCACAUCCCAGAGAGACCUAAUGUUGUGUUUAGAGGGGCCCCCAAUUUCAGAACCAUCCUCACGAAAAAUUAUACAAGAGAGAAUGUACAACAAAAUAAAACUUUUCUAUCUAGACCUAAAGGUUGUUUUAAGUGUAAUAAAUGUAUUGUGUGUAGAACCACUAAAGGAAUUACAAAUUCUAAAACUCAAUUUUGCCUCUAAUAUUACUAAAACCUCCUACACAAUGAAAGAAUAUAUAGGUUGUAAUACCAAAAAUGUGAUAUACUUAUUGGAAUGCCCAUGUGGGCUCCAAUAUGUGGGCAUGACUAAGAGAUGCCUUAAAGUGAGAUUAGCAGAACAUUGUCGUAACAUUAGGAGAGGUUAUGAGAAUCACUCAGUUUCCAAGCAUUUUUAAAUACAUAAUAAAGACCCGACACUUUUAAAAGUAACUGGUAUAGAACAAGUUACUCUCCCAUGGAGAGGUGGAGAUAUGACAAAAACUUUAGGCAAAAGGGAAAUGUAUUGGGUCUUUACACUUAAGACUCUUUUUCCUGAGGGCUUGAAUGCUGAAUUUGACCUUUUUAAUUUUUUAUAAUUUUUUAUAGUCUUUUACAAUAAAAAAUAUAUAUUUUUUUUAAAUUUUUUUUUUUUCUUCCCCAAAUGUAUAGGAGCUAUCUGUUACCAUAAGGUUAACAAUAUAUACCUAGCUAUUUAGCACCUAAAUACACUUUUCACUUUGUUUAGUUCUAUUAUUAUUUUUUUUCUUAUCCUUUUACAUAUUCAUAUUUUGUUUUAUAUAUUUAUAUUUGUUUUACAUAUUCACACUUGUUUUAUUUAUAUUUUUAUUUUCAAUUAUAUUUUGUUUUAACAUUUGCUGUUAUGCCAUGUAUUUUUACAGUGCUAAUAGGUUGAUCACGAUCGGCAUUAGGCGCCGCCCCUUUUGUUGAUGUCAGACGGAGGCGUGCCCCUUGUUGCCGGCCCCCGUCUGAACAUUGCAUACCCCACGAGCACUUGCGGUAUACACCGCCCCCACCACUGACGUCAGACGGAGGCGUGCCGCAGGAUGCUGACCUCCGUCUGAGCUGUCACAUCCUACACCGAUAUGUGCUAUUAGUCACGUGACCGCGAAGGUCCGCGAUCACGUGACCAUCCAUUUUUCGCUCCCUCCCCUGUCACUACAUUUCCCACAUUGCCUCAGUGCUCACCAUGUGAUCGCAUUAGAUUGCGAUCACAUGAUUUUUGAAUCAAUCUAUUAUUUUAACAAAUAACACUCGUUUUAUUAUUAAAUAUUAUGCGUUAUUUUAUAUUUUGAAUUAUGAAUACUAUGCAUUUUGUAUUUUUAUGUUUUUAAUCAUUUUGCUUUUCACACACUGUAUGGAUGACGUCAUUUUGGCGCCAAAAUUUGAAUAAGCAUGUUUUAUCAUAGUUUAUAUAAGUAUCUAUGUACCAGGCUGAUUUUUACUAUUGCCAGUUGAUAAAGCCCUGUGUGGCGAAACGCGUUUUGGCUAUUUUAUAUAUUUUUUAUUGUACUAAUAAAGGAAUAGUGGCUUCUUUACAGCAAUUUUGCCAUAUACCUUUUUAUUUUAUUUUUAAAACUUAUUUUAAAACUUCCUGUCACCUGGUCAUUCACUAACUUGGAGUCUACUCACGACCAAGAAUCCUCGGUGGGGAUUGUACCACCUAUGCGAAUAUACUGAGCAGUUUAUCCUGCUCAUUCGAAUACAGUCUACACUAUUGGAUCGUCUUUGUUGCUUAUAUUUUCCAUGUUCACCUCCGAAUCAAGACUCCUCUAAAGACUAGAAGAUCCAGUCUCUUAUUGGACUCUCUACCUCCAAAUACUUACCGGAACCUGAAAGAGAAAUAUACCAAGUACUGUUACUAUCAUUCACUUAUUUGAACUUAUCAAAAGUAUAUCAAGAAUUUGGACUAUCAUUCUUUUUAUAUAUAUUUUUUAUAUAUUUAUUAAAUCCCUCUUUUUUACAUAUUUCUCCUCAUUUAUGUUUUAAAGUGUUUGACAUAUUUAUCCCUUUUCAUUUGAUAUUUAUGUAGCGCAACCUAUUAUUCCUGUUUUUGUUAUAUCAACUCAUAUCUUAUGAUAUUUAGUGUUCUAUAUCUACAUCUAUAUAUGUAUAUUGAUAUAUUUUAUGUUAGCAUUGAGAAUGAUAACAGAGUUCACGGCUUAUGUUAUACUCUUAUCACACUCUUACACUCUUAUCCUUGUUUUGGAUAUGUAUGUGAGGUCAAUUUAAAAAAGAACAUUUAUUUGUGGUGAGAUGACAAUUGAAGGACAAAAUAGCUAGAAAACUUAUAAAUUGUAGAAUUUUCCCAAAUUUAUGCAUUUUUGCCUAGAAGUCAGUUUGUAGCUCACAAUUUAGAAAAUACAAAAAAAAAAACCUUGAUGUAUGAUAAAAGUAUUUAAAUAGUUUCUUAGAAACCGAAUCACAAGCUUUGAAUUACGUUAAUACUGAAAAAUAAAGAGCAGCAUGAUCCAGGAUAGGUUCUGUGUUACUAAUUAUAAUACAUUAAUGUAAUUAAUCUCCAAUAGGAAAAAGUGUGCCCAGUAAUUAGCACAUAAAGUGAUAAAUAUUGUAAUAGUGGCUCUAAAACACAUGUGUGGGAAUAACGCCCUCUUCCCCACACACCAAAAUAAUACUCUACAGGUGAUAUAAGUGGAGCUCAUGUACAGAAGUGGAGCGGUAAUACUUAUAUAUGAAGAGGGUGUCCAGCACAUGCGAUCUUUAGCUUCCAGAAGCUCUUUCCAACUCUCGGGAGCCCCUAGCUGUCAAAGUGUUGCUGCGGGUUACUGUAGCAUUGCUCCACGCGACACGCAAAUUCGACUGGGCUGGGUCCCCUCUUCACUACACAUAACCUGGCAGUCUGCACAAUGCCACGGGACCACCAGGGAGUGUGAUGUCCUCCCUCCUUGGCCACAUAUAUUAGGUGUGGAGGGGGGAAAACAAUUAAUAAAUGAAUGAUAAAAAUAAAACCUUUUCCCCACAGAAUGCAGCCACUAUCCUACCCCACAUACACUGAACAAAAUUAUAAACACAACACUUUUGUUUUUGCCCCCAUUUUUCAUGAGAUGAACUCAAAGAUCUAAGACUUUUUCUAUGUACACAAAAGGCCUAUUUCUCUCAAUAUUGUAUAUUGAGAUAAUCCAUCCACAUCAAGAUGCUGAUUAGAUAGCAUGAUUAUUGCACAGGUGUGCCUUAGGCUGGCCGCAAUAAAAGGUCACUCUAAAAUUUGCAGUUUUAUCACACAGCACUAGGUGCCGGCCGACUUCACUGGCUGCAGGGAGCCAGGUAAUUUGAAAAAUCCGAGUCCCUUCCCCAGCCAGAGGCAGGGGAUUCUGAUAUUUGCGCCCCCCUGCUCUGGCACCCUAAGGUGGCCGUCUGGUGGACACGACUGCCCUAAGUCUGCCCUAAGGCGAUUUAGGCUGCCGCAAAAACUUAGGGGGCCGCCUAAAUAGCCCAAUUAGAGAGCAGCCUCGCUGCAUAUCUAUGCAGCAGAGGAGGCCCUGGCCUCUAAUGGCCGGAGCGGCAAAAUGCCGCCACUGUAAAAGUGCGGCCUGGAGCGGACGGUUUGACUCUGCACGCACUCCAUCCACUACACACACAACAUCCAGUUUACACACGCUGCAUCCUCUACACCAGGAAUGCCCAAAAGGUAGAUCCCCAGAUUUUAAAACUUCCAUGACACUUUGUCAUUCUAAAGGCAUGCAAAACCUCAUGGAAAAUGUAGUUCUACAACAUCUAGGGAUCUAUCUUUUGCUCUACACAAACACACACACUGCAUCCACUUCACAAACACAGUAUUCUAUACACACAUUCUCUGCAUCCACUCUACACACACACACUGUAUCUUUGUGGGCAGACUUGGUGGCAGGCACUGUGGCCAGAUUCAGGGGCGGGCACUAUGGACGAGCUCUGGGGUGGAUCCCAGGGGCCCAGACCAUGAGCUGUGUUAGGGGCCCCAAAAUUUCUGAUGGCAGCCCUGCACAGGACCAAUAUAUGUAAAUGAUUUGUAUUGUAAAAGAAAAAAAGUUUUUUCUUAUAGUUUACCAGAUUCUUAAUCAUCCACAUGCACACUUUUUUUUUCUUAUAUACUACAAGAAGCACAGUAGGUGUUUGCAUCUGUAACAUGACAGCAGGUAUAUGUAUAGCCCUUUGCUAAAAUAUCUAUUGGUGCUUUCUAGAAAUGUGGGUAACUCUAUAUAUUCUACCGUGCAUUUUUUCUAUAAUAUUUAAUGAUAAGAGAUAAGUAGAGAUAAGACCAUCAUCAGAACCAAAGUAGCAUCGAUUGGCAGAGGCACCCAGUUGGGGUGCCAGGCGGUCCGUCACAACCAUGUACACUUCUUCAUGGCAAUGAUGUUCCCUGAUGGCAGUGGCCUGUUUCAACAGGAUAAGGCUAUUUGCCACACUGCGAAAAUUGUUCUGGAAUUCUUUGAGGAACAUGACAAAAAGUUCAAAGUGUUGCCUUGGCCUCUAAAUUCCACAGAUCUCCAUCUGAUUGAGCAUCUGUGGGAUGUGCUGGAAUAACAAAUCCGAUCCCCACCUCGCAACUUGCAGGAUCUGCUGCUAAUGUCUUAAUGCCAGAUACCACAGGACACAUUCAAAAGUUUUGUGGAGUCCAUGCCUCGAUUCAUUAGGGCUGUUUUGGCAGCCUGAGGAGGAUGUAGAGUAUACAAUAUUAAGCAGGUGGUUAUAUGUGUAUACAUGCCAGUAGUAAAUAUAUCUUAUAGCUGUUGGUUAAGGUUUAAUAUGUAAUACCCCUGUUUACUCCUUAACAGGUACUGUGUGCAGAGGGCACCGUAAAGCAGAUAUACCCCUUGCCACCAGGACAACCCCUGCUACAGCGUGAGAAAGUGUUCUUUCACUUAUCAGUAAAGGAGCAGCAGGAGACCUUGCAAAGGCUAAAGGACCUGCAGAGGGAGGCAGAGAUGAAGUGUGCUAGUGACAGGAGGAGGCAAAUGCUACGGGUGAGUGCCAAUUUAUUUUAUAGUGCGUCAACUUAUCUAUAGCUCACAUGCUGGCUAUGUUACCAAGGUGUGAGAGACUAUUUUACUGGUAUAUAUAAGUAACUGUGGUAACAUGUAUCAUACUUACACACAGACUACAGACCUCUGCAUACAUUUACAUAUAAGAGAGUUUGUGGUUGUGCAAAUACAUCUAUGUGGUGCUGUUUGUGUAUGGAUAAUUUAUAAAGUCACAAGUAAAACAUAAUCACACACAUGUAGAAAAAACAUCCUCACACAAAAAUAAAUAUACACAUACACACUCUAGUAUACACUAGAACACAUUAACCCCUUAAGGACCAAACUUCUGGAAUAAAAGGGAAUCAGUAUAUGUCACACAUGUCAUGUGUCCUUAAGGGGUUAAAGGGACACUGUAGGCACCGAGACCACUUCAGCUCAUUGAAGUGGUCUGACCCUUUUGCACUUAGUGCUGCAAUGUAAAACAUUGCCGCACAUGUGCAUUAGUGCAUUAUUUGCGGGCUAUCGGAGGGGGCAGAGAGGGACAUCAUUGCUGGGAAAAGUUAAGUAAAUAAAGGGUAUUUAACCCUUUAUUUACUUACCUGGGCAGGGAAGGGGGAAAGAUAGUGCCAGGAAUACAGCUUUAGUAUCCCUUUAACUCUCCUGCGAAGAAAAAUACAGUCCAUGCUAAUUUGCAUAAUUAAUUAUACAUUAAUUCCCUAAAUCACUAAUAAAUUAAUUACAAUGGCUGUGCCUGUAGCAUUGUGUAUGUGAGGCAGUGUGUGUGUAUAUACUGUCUGAAUGAGUGUGUGUGUGUGUGUAUAUCAGUGUGUUGUCUAAAUGUGUAUAACAGUGUGUGUCAAUGUCUGUAUACUGUGAGUGUGUGUCCACUAUGUCUGUAUAUGUUAUUGUGUGUACAAGUCAUGUUUAACAGAGGUGGAUAUUCUGACUCCAUUUCUCUCCCCAUUCUCCCAUCAGAGAAAAAUACUGGCCUUUGCAUUGCAGGUAUUUUUGCAAUACUGGCACUGGCCAGACAGCCUCAAAUAUCAGCUGUGCCAGUAAAAUGCUGGAGAGGUGGCAACCCUACAGCAGCUCCUGGGUGCACUUUUAAUAGAGAUGCAGGCUGAAAUAUUUCUCGCUACACCUUUCUUAUUGCUAUUGUGUUCACAGCUCUCACCUCCUAUGCAGACAUACUGCAGCCUCUCUUUCUUCCUUCACAGACCUAUUGUGCCAGGAAGUAACCCCUUCCUCAGGGGAGAGAAGGUCAGAGGGGUGGGGAGGGAAUUCAGGCUAUGGGUAGGAAGCUGCUGGGCUAUUAUGUCAGUGUAAAUGGGCCCCAUGCCUGCUGCUGAGACAAGGUGUAGUCAGCACAUUGAGUCCAUGUCAGGGAUCAUAUUUAUAAACAGCUGGUAGGGCCUACAAAUAAGCAAGGGCCUGGAGCUGAUGCUUCAAUGCUAAAGUGGCUCUGUCACCUCAAACUUACCUUUCUCCUAAUGUUCCUCUUUAAGAAUCUGUUGCAAAGUGUAAUUUUGCAGAAUAACAAAAAAAAAGACAAUAUCUCUAUUCCCAAGUUGCCAACUCAUUUGUUCUUGUAUCAUCAUGUGUGAAGGUUAAUAGAUAUUUUCUUCCGUAGUUUCAAGAGAGACUGUCCAUUGCCAGAAUCAGAAGAUCACAGGAAGAUCUUUUGGGAACCUCUCCGAGUGCAUCCCCUCUCCUGUCCCCAGAACCAUCGCCCCAGGUGGGACCAAGAUACUGAGAUGCAUUACUUAAAUACUUGUGGCAUGGUUGGGUUUAAAAUAUUGGGUAUGUGCAUGUUGAAUACUGCAGGAACAUUUCUGAACACAUAUAUACAGGAUAUUUUAAAGUUUUGUCAAGUAAACUAAAUAAGUUGGUUAGCUGUUUGCUAUGAAUGGUGUUAAAAAGGUAUUUCUUGCUAUAUCACUAUUUUGACAGAUUUAACAAAAAACACAUCCAGCCUCUGAUCUUUUUUAUUCCAACAGGGUGAUACAGAGCAUCAAAAGACAGCAGUAAGAGAGCAUCUAGAAAGGGUUAAACGAGAGCGUACGAACAUCAUGCAGACAAAGAGAGAAAGGUAACAUGCAACUUUCUGAAAUGCUUUAUGCGUGGGGAGAAUCCCAUUAUAAUGACUAGUUUUCUAUCAGAAAUUGGCACUUUUAUAAAUAAUGAUGAAAUAACCCCCUGGGUAUCAAUCAAACAGCCAGGGAAGUUUCAAAAUAAGUUACUAAAUAAGGAUUAUUAUUUUUUUUUGCCCAUUUGGGCAGUGGAGUUUCCCUUUAAUAUAAUAUUUUUGCAAUCUUUCAGUAGUCUGUCUACUCUUCUAUGUAGCAUAUUAAACUAAUUGAGAUCACAUCAUACUUUGUAUGAAGAGCACCAGGCUCUCUCAAAUAUGUAAAUAUCUUCCUUGCUAUACAUUAUAUUUACUUUUUGCUUACAUUAUUUAUUUAUUUUUUUAUAUUUGUCUUAUAGGAACACAAGCACCUUCAGAGAGCUACUAGAUCCUGUACUGACCAGGAGUGAAUGUGAGGAUGGAGAAGUAGGACUCAGAGGAACAGAAGGGGUUUAAGGAAAGAUUAUGAUAAUGGUUAAGGAGGGGUGCAAGGAGAGAGAAACCAAGUACUCAGAUCUGUACAUGAAUCAACUUCCUAUCAACCAGAGUGUCAAUGGACAGCUAAAGACGAAUGCAAUCUUAAUGGCCUCAUAGUUGCCUUCUGCUCAGGACACACCCCUGGUUACUUUAGGCAUACGGCCAUCCUAUGUCAUAGCCCACCUAUCAUCUUGUAGACAUCUUAUAUUGUCUCCUACUGCAUUAUGCACUUAGAUGAUAAUCACAAUGACAGCGCCCCUCAGGUUAACUUUCCAUGCCUGUGUAGUACACAGAUAAUUUAUGAAGUUAAUAAGCUCAUAUAGAUAUGUCCUAUGUCCCUUAUCUAGAAAGAUUAUAAAGCCCACUAUAGGUAUCUCUUACACAGUAAACCAAGCAAUUAAGUAGAAUCCACACUCAACUAGAAUUUACACUAAAAUAGUUUACAACAUAUUACAUGCUAGAUGUGAAGAAAUAGUGAUAAUUGUAUUAGGGACUGUGUGCCUGGGAGUUAAUUGAAUUAGCACCACAUUGCAAUAUGUAUGGGGGAUAGGUGAUGUUUGGAUGAGAACUAUAAACCUUACUAGCUUAGCGGGAUCAGGCAAAGGUUAUCAGCAGAGAUCAUCAGCCGGAGUACCGGAGCUCCGCUACACUACAAUAUUCUAAGAAAAUUAGAAAAAAAAUGUAUACCAUAACCAGUAUGACACAGUUGCAAAUUCAAGUAAAACUACCACGGUACAUCUAAAUCAGUCAAAAGA